CUCGACUGGAGACGGUGAACCACGACAGCCGUACGUGCACAUGCAAAACUAAAGUCGGAUUUGAACUUCCAUGCAGAUACCUACUGCAGUUCGUACAGCUUAAGAGCGUGGAUGUCAACGAACUACCGGUCAGCCGACGGUGGAGGAGAGCGAAUAAUGGGGCACUUGCGGUUUCAAUCGCGCCGUUGGACGCGCCAAUAAUCGGAAGGCAAGAACCGAGCGCCAUUUUGGAUAUGGCCUUGAACGACUUACGUGCACUGUAUCAGCGACUACAACCAGUGCACUUCGCCCUGUAUGCCUCGUGGCAACGUAGUUUUUUUAACAAACCGACCCGCAAAAAAUGCCUCCGUUCACGUUCCCCCCUUCAGUGCACGUGGCCACGGACACAAACAUUGUCGAUUACAACCAGCUGCCGGAGUUCAAAUUUCUGAACCUGGACGCUGCAGCUCUCCAUCUGUCGGCAUUGCCGGAGGAAUUUGUCACAUCGGAAACGGAUAACGCGGUUUUUAGCGACGAAUUAAAUGUGGCAAUUGCAAGCCCGAAUGAAGAAGACACUAUACCAUCGGUUCAACCUGGUGCACAGCCGACGGCCGCUGUUUACGACGCAAGGCGUGAACCACAGAAUGCAACAGUUGGCGAAUAAACCAACCAUCGAAGUUUGCGAGAUUUGGUGAUCGAUGAAGAGAUGUGCACAGAAGGCGGCUUACAAUAUGCGGAAUAAAACGAGGGGCGAACAGUACACUGAG